UCGUCCGCAUUCCAUCUGCGCCACACUUCUUCAAACAUGGCGACGGUUGCCAGGAAGUCUGUAAGUCCUCUGCUUUUCCUCAACAGACGGUUGUCUGUCCCGGAAAUAAGGACCCAAAGCUCCUACCACAAGAAGGUAGUUGACCACUAUGAGAACCCCAGAAAUGUGGGUUCCCUGGACAAGAAUGCCAAGAACGUGGGGACGGGUUUGGUGGGAGCACCAGCGUGUGGUGAUGUCAUGAAAUUGCAGGUUGAAGUGGACAAUCAGGGGAAGAUUGUGGAUGCACGCUUCAAGACGUUCGGCUGUGGCUCUGCUAUCGCAUCCAGCUCUCUCGCCACUGAGUGGGUGAAGGGAAAGUCUAUUGAUGACGCUCUGAAAAUUAAGAACACGGAGAUCGCCAAAGAGCUUAGUCUUCCGCCAGUCAAGCUACACUGCUCCAUGCUGGCUGAGGAUGCGAUAAAGGCGGCCCUGGCAGACUACCGGAUGAAGCAGCAGGAAGGCGAGGCAGAGGCGGUGAAAGCUGCCAACUGAGGCACUCCUGAACAAGCGAGCAGUCUGCCGUGUCCCCUCCUCCCCCGCGCCCUCUAGAGGCCAAGAGCACUGAACCAGCUCCCCUUCCCCUUCACUCUAGCCUGUCAGUUUAACGCACAAUGUAAGCGCACAAAGUGGGUGAUAGAGGUAUGAAGUAAAGCCUUGUUGUCCUGAGUAUGAACACAGAUAUGUGGGGAUAGAGGGUGUACUUUGUUAUUUGCUUGGCUCUUAUCAUGGAAACUGGUUUCUGGGAAGAUAGUGGCGCAAAUAUGGAAGUAAGGCCGUCAUUUUGAUUGCUACCUAUCACACCCACAGCUCUCUGAAAGACUUGCAGUAAUAAUCGCACAUCUCUGUCGUAUGUAAUACGAGAGGUAAGAAAAGCCGCUAACAGUGAAAACUGUGUUACUCCUUUGUUUGCAUAGUGUCUUCCAGCAGAUUGAUAUGCAGUUUUGCUUAUAAUAUGCAUGUGUAAAAAUGAUAAUAAAGUCGCUAUGAAGAGCAUGCA